GAGAGAGAGAGAGAGAGAGAGAGAGAGAGAGAGAGGGAGGGAGUGGGAAGUGUAGUGUGUGUUAGGACAGCGAUGGCGGAAGAGAAGAAGAGAACGGUAAAGCUGUUCUGUCCAUCACUGUCGAAGCUAGUGCCGGUGGUGGCUUGGGAAGACCAGAGACUCGACUUGGGCUCCAUAGCUCGGACCUUCGGGAUAGAGCCGGCGACGUUGAAGCUAAACGGCCACUUCAUAAGCCGAGGUGUCGAUCUUUUAUCUUCCUCUGUAACCUGGAAGUCUCUUCUCUCGUUUUUCUCAGCUCGCGGCUUCUCCACUGGCGCCUCCGACUCCGACGCCCUCAUUGUCGACGGCAAGCUCUCUAAGCUCCGCUCCAAAAGAGGAGCUUGUAGUCCGGUUGAUAAUGAAAUUCAAAGUCUUAAGGGCUUCAGUGACAAUACAAUAUCACCUCCAGAAAGUACCAAAAGGAUUAAGGAUGGCACACCAGGAACAUUUGGUUGUAUAAAUCAGAUUUCUCCUUUGAACGGCUUAUGUUUGAAACGUAAGUUCAGUUUGGAAGGAAGCAGUCCUGUAAAGAAAACAAAAAUGAAUGAAUCCAAUUUAGAUCUUACGCAGAGAAAUCGUGUUUUCACCACUACACGAGACAGACAACUUCCAUGUAGCUUCACGAGCAAUGAGGUGAAACGGAUGAGAGAAGAAGAAAUGGUUGUUGCAUCCCCUUUGAAGAGAUUAAGAAACUGAAGAUCUCAAGAAUGCAUUAUUACACAGCCAUUGAACAUCAUCGUCCACCCUCCAACUGUAAUUUGUAAAUUAGUUUCUAUUUCUAUAUGUAUACAUAUCCCCUGCAACAUUAUUGUGGAUGAGUAAAGUAAAAUCCAUAGAUUAUUAACUGAUAGACUUUCAAAUUUUGUGCUUUCUCAAGCUUUCUAGCCAUAAGUGUCUUCUAAUAGCAAUUGUAUCUAUUCCUCAGUUUCCUCUAUUGGAAUAUGUGUCUUGUGUGUAAUUAUCUGUUGCCCAA